CACCAACAGUACUUCCACAACGGGCGGCAGUAACACAUCAAGCGGUUCAUCUACAGUUACGGAAAACACGAGCACGCCGGCUCCUUCGGUCAAUCUCGCUUCACAAAUUUUACUUGAUAAAUCUUUGUUCUUAUUCAGCGGAAUCCUGUGCGGUGUUAUCGCCUUCG